AUGGCGUCCCCGUUCUCGAUCCUUCCUCAAGAGACGCGCGACCACAUAUGGGACAUGUUGAGCAAGGAAGAAGAUCACACAAGUCUUCUUCAUACCAACUCCCAGCUAAGAUCCGACAUCCUUGACCGUCUGCCUCGCAGACGUGUUCGCUGCAACUGCCGCCUCGGAAAGACAGCCCCCUCUCCCGACGAGAAGCACGACUGCGAGCGUAUUGACAUCGACAAGCUGUGCGUCUUUGUCGACUCAGAGUUCAUAAGAGGCUCAGCUAUGAGGAUCCAGGCCACCUGGGCGGUGGACGAAGGACCUGAGAAACAAGGGAUUCGUCACAGAACGUCAAUGUGGUCGAUCAAGAACACACGCUCCGUCUUCGCCAAGGUCCUCAAACACUACAACCCCAAAGAGGUGGUUGUCUCCAUACAGGCUCCUCCAGGUGGAAACCACAGAGCCGCACUCCUCGUCUUGCUCGCAAAGGUCUGCGAUGCAGCCGAAGUUGUCGAUCGGCUGGGCGAUUACACGGGCUCAUUCGGCAUACAUUUUAGCGAGAUCAGAAAAGUCGAUGGUGAGCCAAGUACGCCUUUCUGGGAGCGCGAUAAAGUCUCGCUUUGGGCCGGGAACAAUCCAAAGCUGAUACGCUUCUACGACUGCAUCAUGUUUUCUCUGCUUUAUGGAACAUCGAGAGGCCCCUACGGUGCGAAGGUAACCUUCGAACAUCCGCCGAAGACGAGGGGCUUGCUCUUCAAGAACACCCCAAGAACACCUGGCCAAGAGGAAUUAGACUGGAGCAUCGUGGAGGGCAUCAUGUGUUUGGAGUAUAUAAAGACGGGUAUCAUCACCGUAAGUUCUGGGUAUCUUCCUCAGCCUGCAACGAAGAGACCCUGCGGCGAAAUCCUGACAUUCAGAUGGAACAAUUCAUGGACGAAUCCGUGGAGGGAAGAUCCGCGCAGAGCUGAGGAAGUUGAUCGCAUUUUGGACCAAUUGAACAACUUCUACAAUGCAUUGUUCGAGGAUCUUUACAAAUCGGGCAGCUGUCGCAGGUGUCCGACCGAAACUGGCCCUCCAGAGUUGAGGGGGCUGAGGAAGUACAUCACCUUGUCCAUGCCGGCGAGGGAGAGAUUCACGCAGCAUCCCAAGCCGGAGGCCGAUUGGUUUGCACCAUCUAUCAGUUUGCUAAAGUAUCAAUUUGUCUCUUGGGCUUUGGGUUGUUCCGAUAAAGCGUGCACAAAAUGCUACAUGACGUCAGGUAUUUCUCGUGAAGGGUUCAUGGACGACGCGACUUUACUCAAGACUGCUGGGCAUAGAGUUACAAAAUUGAAGAUCGGUCAUGCAUCUACUGUAUAG